AUGGGCUGGAACCACCCACACAUCUCCUUGGAGCAACUCUUGAAUCUGAUCAAAGGGUUUGUAGAUAUACUGCUUCUGCUUUCUGGGUAUCAAUCCUCUGGUCGCCUUGCCCACUGGGACUCCCACAACAUCAAAAAAGCCUUCCAAUGGGGCCUCUUCUUUGAGAAGGUCCUUGGAAGUUUUGGCUGCUCAGAUGAUUAUGGGGGCUCUAUGGAGGAGCUUGAUGCAGCUCUAUCUGAAAUGAUAUCUGUUGCUUCUCUUCCUAAGGGGCUUGCACAUCUUUCAUCUGCUAAUCUUACUACUGCACGGCACUUUGUAUUAGACCAUCUCAUUCAUACCUUACCGUUGAGGGGUGCACAUCUCAGAGCUUUGCUGAUGGCAACUGUAGAGAUGGAUCUUGAAGGGCUAUCAGAAACUGAGCAUGAUUUUCUGAAUGCAUACUUCAACAAGUUGAAGUUGCAGAAUACAUCGCUUCACCGAAGCAUUGCAUCAGCUACAAAGAUUGAAAAUUGCGCUGGUGAUGGUUUCACCAAGUAUGUGGUGCAAGAGCUCUUGAAGCGGUGCUCUAAAGUUUCUUUAAUGUCAUCGGUUGAGGCAGGCUUAGAUGUUCUUUCUCAUAGUAUCAGACAUAGCAGUUGGAGCGAGUUUGAUGAUAAUUUGUUAAAAGAACAACUAAAGCGUGAAAAUGCUCCAGACAUUGUAGAGUGGUUGGUUGGUUCUCUGACAUGGAAUCGCUGGAAAUCAAAGAAUAUCUCCUAUUUUCUUGAUAAGAGAACUAUUCAAUUGGUCUCCGGUGCCAGCAUGAUAUUUUCUGCCCCUAAGAUUCAGUGGGUACAAAUAUUUGGACGGCUGAAUUUGAAUGUUUCAGCAGGAAGCAGUGAUGAUGGUCUGCGCGAAACAAUUGAGCUCUUGUUAGUAGGAUGCAUUACAAGCAGAUGGACUUCUCUAAUCGAAUAUAUGGUGUCAGUUUGUUAUGAUUGCAAAAAUAUUUCGGAGCAAUAUCAUGAAGUGUGCAACUUACUUUAUGGAAGAUCUACAGCUCCUAUAUCUAAACAGGAAGCAGAAAGUAACAUUCUUGAAUAUUUGAGUGGACUUCUGGGAACUCAGCUGCAUCAGUUGUGGAAAAUGUCCCCAUCCCUUGUAGCUGUUGCAAUUCCAUCCCGGUCACCCUUGUUUAGACUUUAUUUGAGCGAAAUUCAGAUUCAGUUUAGAGGAGAUUUUUCAACAAUGAGAUGCUGUGGCUGUGCUCAUGAUAUGAAGGAGCAUAAUGACUGUGAGCUUGCUGAGAGAAUUUGGUGCCUUUACAUUUUUCAUGUUUGUGGCUCCCACCUGUUUGUCUGA